UGUGUUGGAUAAUUCUAGAACAAGCUUCGCAGUUGCUCUUGUGUUGGACCUGAGCUCGAGAUCGAACCCUCUAAGUCGCUACCCCUGGAAAAGACUCCCGGAGACUUGAAAUCUUCUAGCUGUUCUUCGCCACUCAACACUUCAAGGAUCUUGUUUCGACAGACGUUUUAUUACAUUUCAUUAGUCUGUUAGCCCAGUUGUCAAAAUGUUGAGUGUCGCCAAAAUCGUUUCAAGGUCUCUCCCGAAAAGGAACUCCACAACAAAUGUCUCCUCUUUGGUUAAGAAGGCUUCCUGGAGCGGCUUCCAACCCGAUGCUCUCAGAGCUCUGUCCAGAAGAGACUAUGCGUCAGAGGCGGUCAAAGGCGCCGUCAUCGGCAUUGACCUGGGAACCACCAACUCAUGUGUCGCAGUCAUGGAUGGGAAACAGGCCAAGGUGUUGGAGAACGCAGAGGGAGCCAGGACGACUCCGUCAGUCCUUGCCUUCACCAGCGAGGGGGAGCGCCUGGUGGGCAUGCCCGCCAAACGCCAGUCAGUCACCAACCCUCAGAACACACUGUACGCCACCAAGAGGCUGAUCGGACGCCGCUAUGACGACGCCGAGGUGCAGAAAGACCUGAAGAACGUCCCUUACAAGAUCGUGCGUGCCUCUAACGGUGACGCCUGGCUCGAGGCUCAUGGGAAACUGUACUCCCCCAGCCAGGCUGGAGCCUUCGUCCUGAUGAAGAUGAAGGAGACUGCAGAGAACUUCCUGGGAACCAAAGUGAAGAACGCUGUGGUCACUGUGCCGGCGUACUUCAAUGACUCCCAGAGACAGGCUACCAAAGAUGCGGGUCAGAUCGCUGGUCUCAACGUCCUGCGUGUGAUCAACGAGCCCACCGCCGCUGCUCUGGCCUACGGUCUGGAGAAAACCGAGGAUAAAGUUAUCGCCGUCUACGACCUGGGUGGCGGCACGUUUGAUAUCUCCGUCCUGGAGAUCCAGAAGGGAGUCUUUGAGGUGAAGUCCACCAACGGCGACACCUUCCUCGGGGGAGAGGACUUCGACCAGCACCUCCUCAGACACAUUGUCAAGGAGUUCAAGAGAGAGUCCGGCGUGGAUCUGACCAAAGACAACAUGGCUCUGCAGAGAGUCCGGGAGGCGGCGGAGAAGGCCAAGUGUGAGCUGUCCUCUUCACUGCAGACGGACAUCAACCUGCCCUACCUGACCAUGGACGCCUCCGGCCCCAAGCAUCUGAACAUGAAGCUGACCCGCUCUCAGUUCGAAGGCAUCGUAGGGGACCUGAUCCGACGCACCGUGGCCCCCUGUCAGAAGGCCAUGCAGGACGCUGAGGUGUCCAAGGGAGACAUCGGGGAGGUGCUCCUGGUGGGAGGCAUGAGCCGCAUGCCAAAGGUUCAGCAGACGGUUCAGGAGCUGUUCGGCCGCGCGCCCAGCAAAUCAGUCAACCCCGACGAGGCCGUUGCCAUCGGCGCGGCCAUCCAGGGUGGUGUCCUGGCCGGCGAUGUCACCGAUGUUCUCCUGCUGGACGUGACUCCUCUGUCUCUGGGUAUCGAAACCCUGGGCGGUGUCUUCACCAAACUCAUCAACAGGAACACCACCAUCCCCACCAAGAAGAGUCAGGUGUUCUCCACAGCCGCUGACGGUCAGACUCAGGUGGAGAUCAAGGUGUGUCAGGGGGAGAGAGAGAUGGCUACUGACAACAAGGUGUUGGGCCAGUUCACUCUGGUGGGGAUCCCACCCGCCCCCCGCGGUGUCCCUCAGGUGGAGGUCACCUUCGACAUCGACGCCAACGGCAUUGUCCAUGUGUCCGCUAAGGACAAGGGGACGGGCCGGGAGCAACAGAUUGUGAUCCAGUCUUCAGGAGGUCUCAGUAAAGAUGACAUCGAGAACAUGAUCAAGAAUGCCGAGAGGUACGCAGAGGAGGACCGCAGGAGGAAGGACCGUGUGGAGGCCGUCAACAUGGCUGAGGGCAUCGUACACGACACAGAAUCCAAGAUGGAGGAGUUCAAGGACCAGCUUCCUGCUGAUGAGUGCACCAAGCUGAAGGAGGAGAUCACCAAGGUCAGGGACCUUCUGGCCAACAAGGACUCAGAGACGGGCGAGAACAUCAAGCAGGCGGCCACCACCCUGCAGCAGGCCUCGCUCAAACUCUUCGAGAUGGCUUACAAAAAGAUGGCGGCAGAGCGUGAAGGCGGCAGCAGCAGCGGCAGCAGCGGCAGCAGCAGCUCGGGCUCUUCAGAGGGAGAGAAGAAGGAGGGACAGCAGUAGAUCUUUCACAUGUGUGUCAGUGUUUCCAUGACAACGGUGGACCCUAGAGUGACAAGUCAUUCUCACUAUAAUAUAUUAUUCUACUGUGUUUUGGCAGUAAAAUCCGAUAUGAUAAAUGUCAACGUAGGCUCCUCCAUGUCCGUCUGUAAUUUAAUCGUCAAAAAAUCAAUGUCUGUUUAUUUUUUACACAGCUGUUGAUUUCCAUUCUGAGGUAGUGAAGGUUUCAUGUUGUUCUGCUCCAUCCUCUGAAGAAGCCCGUUCAUGGCUCGGAUCACUUCCUGUUGAGCAGUCUUCAUAAUGUAAUAUUGUACAGUGCUCUACAUCACUUCUAGCUACCUUGUUUUAAUAGUGCGCUCAUAGCAACCUGGAGGUGGGACGUCACUGUAUAAAAAACUUAAAGUAUAUAAGCCUUGUCACUUCUCAGUUGUCCUGGGCUCACUCUAAAGAGUUCCAAUCCAAUGCAUCUGUGAUAAUAAUUCAUUUCACUACUUUUCAGAUCUUUAAAAAUGAGGAGUUAGGAUCCUAUUUGUCCUUAUUCUUCAGCAACACAAGGCUUACAGAGGCUUGUUACAUUAGGUCUUUUUUGUCCCAUCUUUUCAACAGUGGACCUUAUUCUAUAGAAGCGGCGAUACAGGGGGAAGGACAGAAAAAUAAAUAACGUAUGUGUUUGAGUGUGUGGAUGAGGUCAAUCGUAGGGUUUCUUUUCUCAUUUAAAAAUAAUGUACGGCCUUUAUUUGGGAGAACCCACAACCUUGUAGUUCUUUGCGUCCUUAUUCAACGUGCUGAUCCAUGUCUGGAAGAUCUGCUGGCUAAACUAGCAACACGUGAGUCUGACUUUGAAAUGAAACAAUAGAGAAUGAGGUUUACUUUGUCAGAUGUUGGGAUGCAGGUUGAGCCCGGCCGUGUCACUGCUGCAUUAUGAAGUGUUUCUGCCAUAAACUGCUCUUUGCAAUGUGCUGUCUGCUACAUGCUUGCCUGAUAGUGAUCCAUUGUGCUCUACUCUAAAAGAGCAGUGAGGCCAGCAGGAGGCAGGGUGUUGAACCGAGUUGGGGAGGAUUUGUUUUCUUUUUUGUGUGGGGUUGGGGGGUGGGGAGGGAUUAUAUAAUGGAUUGAAAAUUGAGGGCCGAGAUAAUAGUUGC